AUGUCGAAUCCUUGGCGUGUCCUGCGGCUGGCCCUCUCGACCGCGUCCCAACCUUUCCGCUGGCUGCUGCGGCAAGUGGCCGCCGGUUAUUCCGAGGAGAACGGCGAGCAGCCCGCGAACGACCCUUCUUUCUGGACUCUGUUCGGCGCCUGGCUCAGGGGUCGCAAGAUGGAGGCUCUGCUUUUUGCUUACACGGCGGCGGCCACCAUGCCGUCCGCGGCCAUAGCUGAGAUCUUCAGGCAGCAGUCUUGUCGCAGCCUGUCGUACGCUAGGCCCGUCUGCGACAACCUCGCCGACCACGAAGACGAGCGCUACAAGGUGUACGUGCUGUCGCGCCGCUACCUACUCUUGUCGGAAGGCGUGCUCACGCUCACCUCCGCCGUGGUCGCCAUCUUGGCGGGCCCGGUGUGCGACAAGUACGGACACCGGACGCUCGUGAGCCUCGCCAUCGCGGGCGCCGCGACCACCUCGCUCGUGCGGGUCUUCCUCGCUCUGGGCAGCGGCCACAUGCUGGCGCACGUGUUCUCGGUCCUGCCCAUGGGUCUGACGGGAGGUCACGUGCUUAUGCUCGCCUGCUGCUACUACGUGGUGACGAAGCGCACCCAAGCUAGGCUCUUUCGAACAGUCAGGUUUUACCUGCUAGAAGUGGCGGCGCUCAUCGGCCGUGCAGUUGGCUGGCUCAUGGGCUGGCUGCUGCACUCGGUCCUCGGUCACCACGUGUCGCUGUGGUCGGCGCUGGCAGUGCAGUGCUUCCUGCUAGCGACGCUGUGGGCGAGCCCCAACGUCAGGGACUCUUCGACGAGCUCGACGGGCAAGCUGAACCAGCUGAGGCUGCUGGUGAGCAGGGAAAACGCUCGCGAGGCGGCGAUGAUGCUUGGCGGCCACCGGCGGAUCCGAGGCACGCUCAGGCUGCUGUUCGUGCUGCAGGCGCUCAUCGCGGCCAUCAAUUACGGGCCCGAUGAGAUCCUGUACCCCUAUGCCCGGCUGGCGUACCACUGGACGUAUUCGCACUUCGCGAUCGUCUCGGCUGUCGGCGGCCUGUUGGUCGGGGUGAUCGGAGUGUUCGCCAUUGGCUGCAUGCGCGUCGUCGGCGUCAACGACGUCACCUUCAUGAACAUCGGCGCCAUGUUUGGGGGCGUCCGCGACCUGAUCAUCGGCCUGACGCGGAUGUCCACCGUGUUCUACUUCAGCUACAUAUUGGCCGUGCCACAAGGGGUAGCACCGGUGGGCCUCAAGUCGUACUUCUCCAAGCUAGUUCCGACGGACGAAAGCGGCAAGUUCAUGGCCCUGGUGACUGCCUGCGAGUCUGUGUUCACCGUGCUCAGCAGAGUGGUGCUGUCGUUCACCUUCGACGUCGCCUCGGCCUUGUUCUUGGGCCUGCCCUUUAUCGUCUGCGCCGCGCUUGCCGUGCCCGUCGUCUCACUCUCGGGGUUUCUUGACCCAACGCCGGAAUCGAGCAGUUCUAGUAGCGGCAGUGGGCCGGCCCCGGCCGGCGAGCAAGGCGCGGACGACGGCGGUGCCGCCGCAGCAGCAGCAGAGGUACCGGGUUCGGCUCCCGUAGCUGCGGCGGCUGGCGGCAUGCUCGCCGAACCCCUGCGAAAGCUCGGGGGCGCUCUGACGGUGCCAGUUGCGGUGCAGGCUGCUCAGGCACAGGCCGCACGCGUACUGCCGGCCGCCGCGCACCUGGUGGCUGCCGCCGUGUCUCAUCCGGGACAGCAGCGCCACCCUCCGGCGACGGGGCCCGCAGUUCGGUCGUGAUGGGCCCGUCUGCCUCCU